CAUAAUUCAGACAAAGAAUAAUAUAAUGUACACAUUUUGCAGAUUCUCUUUCCAAACCUGGAGGAGUUGAAUUUGUUCUCGCUUAACAUUGAAAGUAUAUGGAGCAGUCAGCUUUCGAAAAAAUCUUGUUGUAUCCACACUCUGACAAAGUUGAUUGUUGAGGCCUGUGAUCAUUUGGAACACUUAUUUUCAUCUUCUAUGGCUAAAUGUCUGGUGCAGCUGACAUACCUUGAAAUUGAAAAAUGCAAAAGGAUGAGAGAGAUAAUUGCACCAGAGAAUGCAGAAGAAAUGGAGGAUUUGAUUUCUUUUCCUAAGUUAAACAUCCUGCGUAUAAGUGAUCUUCAUAACCUUGGCAGAUUUUGCUCCGGAAACUAUAGUAUUGAAUUCACAACCUUGAAGAAAUUGGAUAUAGAAAAUUGCCCAGAAUUAACAGGGUUCAUGGUCAAUACGGGCACAGAUGUUACGGGCGGUCUACAACCCCUCUUUAAUGAAAAGGUUGCGUUUCCCAGCUUGGAACAAUUGGAAAUCAGUGGCUUGAAGAAGUUGAGGAUCAUAUGGCACCACCAACUCCCUGCAGAUUCGUUCUGCAAACUAAAAAAUUUAUCCAUUUUCUCUUGUGAUAAAUUAUUGAAUAUUUUUCCAUCUUAUAUGCUUGCUAGAUUAUUGACAUCAGUGGAAGAGUUGGCGGUAGUAUCUUGUGGGAGUCUAAAAGAGAUAUUUGAACUUGGAGAAUUGAAUAUGGAAGAGUCACAUGCUGUGGUAAACACUAUGUUAAGAAAAUUGGUUUUGGUAACUUUACCAAGGUUGAAGCAUUUGUGGAGCAAGAAUCCCAGCGGAAUUCUCACUUUGCGGAACUUGCAGACUGUGGAAGCUUUUGCUUGUUGCAACCUCCAAAAUAUGUUCCCAGCUUCAGUGGCAUUGGGGCUUCAGCAACUUGAAGUUUUGAAAAUACAAGGCUGCACGAUGAUGAAGGAAGUUGUAGCAUUGGAAGAAGGAGAUGAAGCAGUUCAUAGGUUUGUGCUUUCUCGUUUAUCUACUCUGAAGCUCCGUGAUCUACCAAGACUCAAAUAUUUCUAUCCUCAGAAACACGUAAUAGAGAGCCCCAUGUUAAAAGAUUUCUAUUUAGAUCUACGGAACUCUUUUAAAGAAACAGAAGGAGAGAGGCUUGGCAAAUUUCCAGUUCAGCUGCCGCUUUUCUCUAUUAAAAAGGUAUGAGCCUCAGUUACAAAACAA